GUGGCUUGCAGCCCAGAGGGCCCGGGGAAAGAGAAGAAGAGUGAGAAACGUGGAUCGGUUGUUCAUGGCAACUUUAGCCUCUUUUCUCUCCUGUUCUCCUUCCCCUCAUCCUCUCUCCCUUUCAUUCCGCCGCCGUAUUCUACCGCUUCCCCUGUCUCUUCUAGGUUUUACCCCUACCGCAAAAUUUGGUAAUUUCCGUCGAUCGGGAAUCCAAGUGUUUGCAUCUUCAGCUCCUUCUUCGUCUGAUUGGUUAUACGCCGGUGACGAGAGUUCGGGUUCGAAGAAAUCAGUCCUUUUUAAUUUAAUACGAGAUAUAGAGCCCUUGGACGUGAGCCUUAUUCAGAAGGAUGUUUCAAAUACCACUAUAGAUGCUAUGAAGAGGACGAUAUCGGGCAUGUUGGGUUUACUGCCAUCAGAGCAAUUUCAAGUGAUGAUUGAUGCUUUGUGGGAAUCUCUUUCCAAGCUGUUGAUAUCCUCAAUGAUGACAGGGUACACUCUUCGAAAUGCUGAAUAUAGGCUCAGCCUUGAAAGGAAUCUUGAGAUAUAUGAAGGAAAUACCUAUAACUUGAAAAAUGAAGAUUUGCAACUUGAAGCUGAGGAGGCACUGAACGAAGAGGGGAAGUGUGGAAACCACACCCAAGAGAGAUUGUCACCAUCUGAUGCGUUUGAAGAGUGGACAUGUAACAUACCGGGUUUUGGUGAGAUGACUCCUGAAGCUCGAAGAUACAUUUUGACGAUGCAUUCUCAUUUGUCUUCAGUUAAAAAGGAACUCCAUGAAGUCAAGAGGAAAAGUUCAGCUCUUCAGAUGCAGCAGUUUGUUGGGGAAGAAAAAAAUGAUUUGUUGGAUUAUUUAAGAUCAUUGCAACCUGAGAAGGUAGCAGAGUUAUCAGAACCAACGUCGCCUGAACUAAAAGAUACAAUGCAUUCAGUAGUACAUGGUCUAUUGGCUACGCUUUCUCCAAAGAUGCACUCAAAAGGCCCUGAUCUGGCUAACAACACUACUAUAGGAACCGUAGAUAGUGUAGUCGAAGGAGAUUGCAUUGACCUUGUCGAGAACACCUCUCUUCAGUUUCAGCCUCUUGUCUCAUUGCCACGUGAUUACCUCGCUCGUUUACUAUUCUGGUGCAUGCUGCUGGGACAUUACUUGAGGGGCUUAGAAUACCGACUCCAACUUGUGGAGCUCCUUUCAUUACCAAACGACACUUCCAGUGGCCAACACUUUGUUUAAAGAGAUAUCAACAGUUGUCAGCCGUCCCAUCUUUCAAGAUGCCUGCAAAUCAGCACGUGAUUUCUGGUGGAAACCUCGUUGAUCAAAAAAAAGAUAUCUACAAUAACUGUCUUCAAUAUUUUCUUCAUGUCUCUGUAUAUGUCAUUAUGUAAAUCAUCUUCUUUUGUAUCGAACCCUUGGGUGGAUUCAACAUCUCAAUUCUCAAGUGUAAAAGACUGAAUAAUAUCAAAGUAGGGGUUUUGUUUA